GGCGGAAGUGGAGCCAGGGGCGGGGGCCGAGCGAAGGCGAAGGAAGGACAGCCAAUCAGCUGGCUAGUUGUGUUUCGGGCUGACCAAUGACUUCACGCCUCGCGCACAAUAUCUCGCGACAAGGGCGUUUCACUAGCACGUUUGAGCGCGUUGGGCGGCGUCCGGGUAUAAAAGACUCCGCCCGAGCGGGCAGCCGCCAUUCUGGGGUUCGUUUAGAGGUUUCAAUUUUCUCGGAGAAAGGCCGGCUACGAGGAAAACAGAAACAAGCCGCAGCAACAUCUAAGCCCUUGAAAGGAUCCUGAGGGGGGAAAGGGAAAGCAGCAGCCACCAGCCCAACCACUUGUGUCUUCUGCCCCUUCCCACCUAUCUUGCCCACCCCACCAGCCCACGCUGCUUGGGACUUGAAAUCUGUGGCCGAAGGACCGUCACCACAUAACUUCAAAAAUAAUCAACCACCCUCCCUUCCUAAACCCACCCAAAUUCACUCAUCCAGCGCUUCCUUUUUUUAAUCCACUCAGGAUUUUUUUCUGCGACCCCCCCUCCCUAAACGGAGUUGGGUGGGGGGGGGAUGAAUACUGAGUUGGCCUUUGUUUUUUUAAGAGACUUUUUGAUCCAAUGAGGCCCCCCAGAUAAUUGAGUUUUGGGUCCUGGUUGGUUGGUUUUUUUUCCUCCAAAAUUUUACCCCCUUCCCCCUGAGCCCGAGGUGCUGACGUCGCAAAAAUAUUGGAUAAAACCAGUCAUGGGUUCAGGUCCCAUAGACCCCAAAGAGCUUCUCAAGGGCCUGGAUAGCUUCCUUAGCCGAGAUGGGGAAGUCAAGAGUGUGGAUGGAAUUUCCAAGAUCUUCAGUUUGAUGAAGGAAGCGCGAAAGAUGGUGAGUCGGUGCACCUACUUGAACAUCCUCCUGCAGACCCGUUCACCGGAGGUACUAGUCAAGUUCAUUGACGUCGGCGGCUAUAAGCUCCUUAACAAUUGGCUGACAUACUCAAAGACAACCAACAACAUUCCCCUCCUCCAGCAGAUCCUGCUGACCCUGCAGCACCUGCCGCUCACUGUGGACCACCUCAAGCAGAAUAACACAGCCAAACUGGUGAAACAGCUGAGCAAAUCAAGUGAGGAUGAAGAGCUCCGGAAGUUGGCCUCGGUCCUCGUCAGUGACUGGAUGGCUGUCAUCCGCUCCCAGAGCAGUACCCAGCCUGCUGAGAAAGAUAAGAAAAAGCGUAAGGAAGAAGGAAAGAGUCGAACCACCCCUCCUGAGCGACCUUUGACUGAGGUGAAGGCUGAGGCCCGGGCCGAGGAAGUCCCCGAGAAGAAGAAGGAAAAGCCCAAGUCCCUUCGAACCACAGCGCCCAGUCAUGCCAAGUUCCGUUCUACUGGCCUAGAGCUGGAGACACCGUCGCUGGUGCCCGUGAAGAAGAACGCCAGUGCGGUGGUGGUGUCUGACAAGUACAACCUGAAACCCAUCCCCCUCAAGCGCCAGAGCGCUGCAGCUGCUCCAGGAGACGCCGCGCCCCCUGCGGAGAAGAAAUACAAGCCACUCAACACGACACCCAAUGCCACCAAAGAGAUCAAAGUGAAGAUCAUCCCGCCACAGCCUAUGGAGGGCCUGGGCUUUCUGGAUGCUCUUAAUUCAGCCCCAGUUCCAGGCAUCAAAAUUAAGAAGAAGAAGAAGGUGCUGUCACCUACAGCUGCCAAGCCGAGCCCCUUUGAAGGGAAAACAAGCACGGAACCAAGUACGGCCAAACCUUCCUCCCCAGAACCAGCACCCCCUUCUGAGUCCAUGGACACAGACCGCCCUGGCACCCCCGUGCCCCCCGUCGAAGUCCCAGAGCGCAUGGAUACAGCCUCUUUGGAGCCAGGAGCUCUGGAUGCGAAGCCCGUGGAGAGCCCUGGGGAGCCCGGCCAGCUGACCCGGAAGGGCAGGAAGAGGAAGACGGUGACGUGGCCCGAGGAGGGCAAGCUGAGGGAGUAUUUCUAUUUCGAGCUGGAUGAAACGGAGCGAGUAAAUGUGAAUAAGAUCAAGGACUUCGGCGAGGCCGCUAAGCGAGAGAUCCUGUCCGACAGACACGCGUUUGAGACGGCUCGGCGUCUGAGCCACGACAACAUGGAGGAGAAGGUGCCCUGGGUGUGCCCCCGGCCCUUGGUUCUGCCGUCACCGCUUGUCACGCCCGGCAGCAACAGCCAGGAGCGAUACAUCCAGGCAGAGCGGGAGAAGGGGAUCCUGCAGGAGCUCUUCCUGAACAAGGAGAGUCCUCACGAGCCUGAUCCUGAGCCCUAUGAGCCCAUCCCCCCCAAGCUCAUCCCCCUGGAUGAGGAGUGUUCCAUGGACGAGACCCCGUAUGUUGAGACCUUGGAGCCAGGGGGCUCUGGUGGUUCCCCUGACGGGGCAGGAGGCUCCAAGCUGCCUCCUGUCCUGGCCAAUCUCAUGGGAAGCAUGGGUGCUGGGAAGAGCCCCCAGGGCCCUGGAGGAGGUGGCAUCAAUGUGCAGGAGAUCCUCACCUCCAUCAUGGGCAGCCCCAACAGCCACCCCUCAGAGGAGCUGCUGAAGCAGCCCGACUACUCUGACAAGAUCAAGCAGAUGGUGGUGCCACACGGUCUCCUGGGUCCCGGCCCAAUAGCCAAUGGUUUCCCACCAGGAGGUCCUGGGGGCCCCAAGGGCAUGCAGCACUUCCCCCCUGGACCUGGGGGGCCCAUGCCUGGUCCUCAUGGAGGCCCUGGUGGGCCAGUGGGUCCCCGUCUCCUGGGUCCUCCACCCCCUCCCCGCGGGGGUGAUCCCUUCUGGGAUGGCCCAGGUGACCCCAUGCGUGGUGGUCCUAUACGGGGAGGUCCCGGACCUGGUCCUGGACCAUACCAUAGAGGCCGAGGUGGCCGAGGAGGAAAUGAACCUCCCCCGCCGCCACCGCCAUUCCGAGGAGCCAGAGGAGGUCGCUCUGGAGGAGGCCCCCCAAAUGGACGAGGGGGCCCUGGUGGGAACAUGGUUGGAGGUGGCGGACAUCGUCCCCAUGAAGGCCCUGGCGGCGGCAUGGGCAGUGGCAGUGGACACCGUCCCCACGAUGGCCCUGGCGGCGGCAUGGGCAGCGGACACCGUCCCCACGAUGGCCCUGGCGGUGGCAUGGGAGGUGGCAGUGGCCAUCGUCCCCACGAAGGCCCCGGCGGGAGCAUGGGCGGAAGUGGUGGACAUCGCCCUCAUGAAGGCCCUGGACAUGGGGGGCCCCAUGGUCACCGGCCUCACGAUGUCCCUAGUCACCGAGGCCAUGACCAUCGAGGGCCGCCACCUCAUGAGCACCGUGGCCAUGAUGGCCCUGGACAUGGAGGAGGGGGCCAUCGAGGGCAUGAUGGAGGCCACAGCCAUGGAGGAGACAUGUCAAACCGCCCUGUCUGUCGGCAUUUCAUGAUGAAGGGCAACUGCCGCUACGAGAACAACUGUGCCUUCUAUCACCCGGGUGUCAACGGGCCCCCGCUGCCCUAGGGACCGCCUGCCGCCCACCCCGCCAUGCCCUGUGGACCGCAGCCUCGCUCCUCUCGCCCUGUUAUGGCUUCUGUGAGGCCCGUUUCCCCCUGCCCAGCUGACGAGGAGCGCCCCGCAGCCCCACCUGCUGGGGUUCCUGGGGCUUCGAUCCCUGGUGCGCAUCGGUGUACAUAGCUCUCCUCCAGUCCAGGGAGGGGAGAGGCUGGACGCGUUCCGUGCCCUGGACUGCCGAAGAGGAGGCCCAGUUGGCUUCACUUUUUGAGGAGAUUCACCCUGUACCCCAAGCCCUUUCCAGUAUUACCCAUGAGGCCCGAGAACCCCCGGCGGGCUGUCCGGGAGAACACCGCCGCUCUGCGUGGGCCUGUGCGCACACAGUUGUGCGGACCAGCAGCACUUCGGGACCAUUCCAGCCCAGCUCAUCGCUCCUCCUGGGGUGGGAGCACCCCUGCACUGAGGGCUCAGGCAGCCUGGGCUCGAGUUCCGGGACACACCUCCCACUCCCCGCUCGGGCUGUGCUGGGUCCUAUCGAGUCUACUGCGGCCUCCUGGGAACGCCUGGCCUGCACCCGGGUCUCUGGGUUUGAUGAUGGCGACCUCACGUCUGCAUCCGGUGGAACUUUAGUCGCGUGGGAAGGGCCGGUGUGUGGUCCACCCCGCUCACAGCCCUCUGGAGACUUUGCAGACCCUCAGUGAAACCAGCUUGUCGUCACCUGGGCCCGGCGGUCACACUACAUGCACUGCCUCCUGCCCGGGCAGCGGCCCCGAACCCCCGCCGGGCCGUCCUGGCGUAUGCGCCGCGGUGUGGGGCCCCUCCCUGUCCUCUCCUUCACCUGUCUUGGCAUCAGUUGUUUUCUAUGAAAACAGUGGAUUGGUUGGGUUUUGUGCAGGGUCUUGGAUUAGAGCCACAAUGGAUUUGAGGAUGAGUAUUUUCUUUUUCUUUCGGUUUUGUAUAUUUUGUACAUUAAUAAUAAACAGUGGAAAGAGAAGCAGCUUAUUUAAA